AUGACACGUGGAGGACAUCAACAUCUUGCAUCGCUACCGAAAGUGGUUACAGAAAAUCGUCCUCGCGUCCUUGGUCAUAGAUUAAGGAGACCAACAGAUCGCCUUUUUCAACGAGUUCCGAGGAGUUUGUCAGGUUCGAGCUGGAACAGGCCACCUGGGAGAAAACGGAAGCUCUGGACCGAAGUGGUAAGAGAAGACCUGAGGACACUCGGCGUGGAUUGGCAGUUCAAGCGAGACGUAAAGUUUUCCAAAAUAUGGAUUAGCGCCGAAUGGAUUAAUUUUGUACAAGCUAUUGCAGAAGAUCGAGAAGGUUCGGCUUUAUUUAAGGACGGCACGUCUCGACGAAGAUGCGGGUAA